AAAAAAAAAUCAUAACGAGCCCAAAAUAAACAAACUUGUUUCACAAAAAGCUUGGCUUUUUGCUAAGAAACCUGACUUUGCUAUAACAAUGAGCAUGUCCUGGUUAAUAACAACUUUAGCCAUCACUGCUUUCUUUUCUUCCCAAUUAGCUUAUGCAUAUGAUCUCAACCCUCUACAAGACAUAUGUGUUGCAGUUAAAGACACUAACGCUUCUGUUUUCCUGAAUGGAAAGGUUUGCAAAGACCCAAAGCUUGCAAAAGCAGACGAUUUCUUCUUUUCAGGUCUUAAUGUAAGUGGAAAUCCAAUGCCCAAUUCUGGUUUUGCUGCAAAUGUUGCGGACGUAAACACAAUGCCUGGACUCAACACUCUUGGUAUUUCUAUAGUUCGUGGUGACUUCGAGCCAGGGGCCCUUGUUCCACUUCACACACACCCUCGAGCUACUGAGCUCAUAACGAUAUUGGAGGGUACUAUCUAUGCUGGGUUUCUUGCUCCUGAUGCAAAUGUCUUUAAGAGUCGUCUCUUCUCUAAGAUUUUGAAUCCUGGCGAUGUGUUUGUGAUCCCACAGGGGCUUAUACACUUCCAGUAUAAUGUGGGACAUAAAAAUGCUACUUUGCUAGCUUCUUUCAACAGUCAAAACCCUGGAGUCGUCACAAUUCCUAAUUCAAUUUUUGCUUCAGAUCCGCCUAUUCUUGACGAUGUUCUUGCCAAAGGUUUCCAGCUCGAUAAGAAAGUGAUUAAACAACUUCGAAAGAAAUUCUCCUAGAAUAUGUCAUUACAGAUAUUAUUGUGUGCUGAAAGUUGUGUGCAGCUACUCACCAACGAUGUAUGAAAGUAUUCUUAUACUUUUCUCUAAUUUUAACACUGUUGUAUUUUCUUUUA